CAGAAUUCUAAUAGACUUCCUGCAGUCGGCGAAGCGUGCUGCCAAAGGCAGAGUGACUUACUGUAGGACACCACCACACCACCAGACCGUGCGGUAGUCAAUUGGGAAACAGGGUUGUAUUGUGCGGAGUAGUCAGCUAUUUCCCAGCUGCUGAUAUGCAUAUACUGUAGAUACACCGACUCAUGUUUUUUUUUCUUUGACAGUAUUUUGAAGUCAGCAGUCUACGAGCGCAAGAUAAGAAGUCACACACUCUACUACUUCAUACAUUAAGAGCACAGACUAGCUCCUUUAAUAAUCCCUGUUAGUCUGAAAGAGGCUCUUGCUUGCAGUUUGCAGUCUUCUUCUACAAAGAUGCGUGUGAGACAUUCACAUCUGAAGAAAGGGGUUUAUCUUCUGCUCCUGCACUUUAUGUCCUGCUAGCCCGAUUCUUUUCAGUGACCCCCUACGCUGUUCCAAGGUUUUCACUUUGGGUCUCCAGUUACUGAAUCUUGUGCUGGCUACACCUAACUGUUGUAGGAGAAGACUUCACUCAAACUUCGCUUCAGUUAAUCGGAAAAUGUUCUCUCUAUCUCGGAGAUGAUCUGAAGGAGCUGAUCAGAAGCAUUAGAACAAUGGGCGUGAAUCACUCUAGCAAACCUCCGGUCAUUGAUGAUGCGGAAGAGGUCAACUUCGACCAUUUUCAGAUUCUCAGAGCUAUUGGGAAAGGGAGCUUUGGAAAGGUCUGCAUCGUACAGAAGAAAGACACAAAGAAAAUGUAUGCUAUGAAAUACAUGAACAAGCUGAAGUGUGUGGAACGCAACGAAGUAAGAAAUGUCUUCAAAGAAAUGCAGAUAAUGCAGAAACUAGAACACCCCUUCUUAGUCAAUUUUUGGUAUUCCUUUCAGGAUGAGGAAGACAUGUUUAUGGUGGUAGACCUCCUCCUAGGAGGAGACCUGCGCUAUCACUUGCAACAGAACGUCCAUUUCUCCGAGAGCACGGUCAAGCUCUACGUCUGCGAGAUUGCACUGGCCCUGGACUACCUGCAGAGUCAGCAAAUCAUCCACAGGGACAUUAAGCCAGACAACAUUCUGCUUGAUGAACAUGGCCAUGCACACCUGACUGAUUUCAAUAUUGCUGCAAUUGUGAAGGAUGAUAUGCGGGCUUCUUCUAUUGCUGGGACAAAGCCCUAUAUGGCUCCUGAGCUGUUCCAGCCUUUUGAAGGGACUCACCCAAGUUAUUCCUUCAACGUAGAUUGGUGGUCCUUAGGAAUCACUGCCUAUGAGCUCUUAAGAGGACAGAGACCCUAUGUAAUGCGAUCCAGUACACCUACAAAUGAGAUUCUACAGGCUUUUUACACCACCAAUAUCAACUACCCCUCAUCGUGGUCGGCAGAGAUCAAAUCCCUCUUGAGAAAGUUGCUUUGCAUCGAGCCAGAGGAUCGAAUUUCAUGUUUGUCCCAGCUGCAGGAUGUCCCUUACUUGUUGGAUGUGAAUUGGGAUGCAGUUCUGCAGAAACAGCUACCUCCAGGGUUCAUUCCCAAUAAACGGAGACUGAACUGUGACCCGACAUUUGAACUGGAGGAAAUGAUUCUGGAGUCCAAACCUCUCCACAAGAAAAAGAAAAGACUGGCUAGAAAACUGAAAGAAAACAAUAAGGAUAACUCCCCUCAGAAUGGACAGCUACAGCACCGUCUGGAGUGUGUUCGACGGGAUUUCAUUGUCUUCAACAGAGAAAAGUUAAGGAAGGACAAGGAAGAAACAGGGAUAAAUGUCACCAAAGAGAAAGAAAAAUAUGAAGAAACAGAAGAUGGCCAAAAUAAUAAUGUACCAGUUGCUUGUAUCUCAGUGUAGCCUUUUUUAUCACCCCCUGUCCAGCUACAGCUCCUCAAAUACUGUAGCUGUUUCUAUGUGCAGACUGCAUAAGCACACAGCAUUGUAGAAGGACUAACUGAGCCACUGCUACAGUACUAAUUAUAUUUGACAGAUCCACACAGAUUCUUAAGUGUAAAUAAGUAAACCCCAGGAAAAGGCGCAUUGUCCUCCUUCACACAGACGUUGCCCACUUUGCGUGGAAAUUAGCUGCCUGGAAAUGAGCUGCUUCAAAAUAAAUCAGAAGUUACAAGUAAAAGUAAAAUGGCUGAACAGAGGCCUCAUUUGCCAUGGCAAGACUUUAGUGUACAGGUUAGUUUCAAGUGAGUGACAUUUCUACAGCACCCUUUUGACAGUUCUUGGGCCCUUGAAAAUUAAGAUUCCAACACAAAAAUAAAACUGCUUAUGUUCUGAGAUAGCCCUGGUAUCCAGCAUACCUAGAGCUGUUCAGGUUUGUUAAGGGUCACUUUCUCAUUCUAUCACAUGAAUAAAUAGAGCAGUGAAUUUGGUGAAGAACAGCAGCACCAGUACAGUAAUUGUGUAAUUGUUGUUACUGAAUUGCAAUAAUACAUAACAAAUGGAUGAAACCUGAUUAUUCAGCUCAGGAAUGAUAAACCUUUUUUUAAAAUAAAAUAUUUCUGCACUAGUUACAGGUCCCUAUUCAGCUGAGUUCAGUUUUAGCUCUGUGUAAAGCUCAGACAUUGCUAAACCACAAGCACCUGUUGAGUUUUGUGUUUCUCAUAAACAUACUUCAUAGGAUGUAAAUGAUUUCUGUGUUUACAGUAGAAGAGCAAUAACAGCUUUGAAUAUUUGUAUCUAUCAUUCACUUACUAUAUGUCUGUUUCACGUGAUAAAUUAUGUAUGUUUAUUAAGGAAAGGCUGAACAGAAUGGCGCUGAUUUGAAAGAUCAAGGACAAAUGCACUUGUACUGUAUGAUGACUGUUGGCUUUAUAGAGUUUGUAAAUAGCUAUUUGUACUUUUAAUCUGCACCUUUAUGAGGAAAAAAAAUAAACCUGUUGCGUUUUCACUUAGUGUAAAAACCGGCAUCGGUAUCAGGUAAAUAAAGAGGCAUAGUACUA